AUGAUCGAUCCACCCGCCGAGAUGAUCGACUUCUUCGAUACCCUCAAGACGAAGCCGCUGCCCGUGCCCACCACGACCCCGACAUCGGUUGCCCCCGUGCCCACCGUCGUCCCUGGCCAUGAUCUCAUUUUCCAGGAGUUGUCCAAGACCAGCCAACGGACACUAUGGGUGGUCGUCGUGCUAAUGGCUAUAUCCGCCAUCGUCUUCUACAUCCUCGCCUCCCGAGCACCUUUGACCAAGCGAGUCAUCCACAACCUGAUUGCCAUCUCCACAACAAUCUCCUUCAUCACCUAUCUCGCACUCGCAACCGGCGAAGGUAUAACAUACAAGCACGACAUCCUGACGAUCCACAACAAGCACGUCCCCAACACUCAUCGUGAUAUCUACCGUCAGGUCCUCUGGCUGCGGUACCUCAACUGGUUCCUGACAAACCCCCUGGCCCUCAUCAAUCUUGCCCUCUUGUCCGGCCUCCCGGGUGCCCAUCUCCUUGUCGCCAUCGUCGCCGAUUGGAUCAUGCUCGGCACCGGCAUCUUGGGCACCUAUGCCGGCCAUACCCCCCGCAGAUGGGUCUGGUUCACCAUCAGCGCCAUCGGCUACCUCACGACUGUGUACCAUAUUGGUGUGAACGGGGGCCGCUCGGCGGUGAACAAGGACGCCCAGACAAAGCGAUUCUUCGGUACUGUUUCGGGUGUGUCGCUUUUGAUUAAGGCUUUGUUCCCUGUAGCCAUCGCGGCCGGCGCUCUAGCCCUCAAAAUCGGCAUCGACGCCGAGACCAUCAUUUUCGCUAUCCAUGAUAUCUUCCUGCAGGGUAUAAUCGGCUACUGGCUUAUUUUCGCACAUGAUGCGGCACCUGGAAUUACCCUUCUGGUUGACGGUUUCUGGUCCCAUGGACACGGCAACGAGGGUGCGAUUCGCAUCACGGAAGAGGAGGGCGCCUAA